AUGGCCUUUCGUGCUCAUGGUUUUGCAUCGUCGACUACUGACUCCUCACUAUUUCUUCUACAGAGGCCUGAGGUUACUAUGUACUUGUUGGUCUAUGUGGAUGAUAUUAUUCUGGUCAGCUCCUCUCAGUCGGCUGCUACUGCUCUUGUUCGCUCACUUGGUGCUGAUUUUGCGGUCAAGAACCUUGGGAAGCUUCACUACUUCCUUGGUGUGGAGGUUACUUCUCGGGCUAAUGGUCUUGUUAUGAUGCAGAAGAAGUACUCCUUGGAUUUGUUGCAGCAGGCUGGGAUGCUUAAGUGCAAACCGACGACUACACCAAUGUUUGCAACUGACAAGAUCACUGCUGUUGAUGGUGAGCUUCUGUCUUCUGCUGAUGCAACGGAGUACAGGAGUAUUGUUGGAGGUUUUCAGUACUUGACGAUCACACGACCGGACAUCUCUUUUGCUGUCAACUGA